UUGUUUAUGAUGGAUGACAAAGUAAUUGUUCAAGGAAUGGUGUUGAUGAGAAAGCUUGGACUACCUUGAACCGGAAAGCUAUUGCAUCAAUCAGACAAUAUGUUUCUUUAAGUGUGUUGCAACAUGUUCCUAAUGAAACCAAUGCUUUUGAGAUGUGGAAGAAACUUGAAUCCAUGUACGAGAGGAACAAUGCUAUGGGAAAAGCUUCUUUGAUUAGGAAGCUUGUUAAAUUGCAAUACAAAGAUGGUGAUAGCAUUGUGGUUCACAUGAACGAGUUUCAAGGUGUGGUAAACCAACUAGCCGGGAUGAAGAUGAAAUUGGAGGAUGAACUUCAAGCUUUGUUGUUGCUUUCCUCAUUGCCCGACAGUUGGGAUACAUUGGUGGUUUCACUUAGCAACUCUGCUCCGGAUGGCAAGAUGACUAUGGAGAUGGUCAAGGCUAGUCUUUUGAAUGAAGAGGCUAGGAGAAAAGAAUCAGGUUACCCUAGCCAAUCUGAAGCAAAUGUGAUUCCAGAAUCCAGCAGGGGGAGAAGUAAGAGCAGAAAUUCUCACCAUAGAGACAAGUCCAGGGGGGAUCCAAAUCUAGAAAGAGAGAUUUCAUUUGCCAUUAUUGUCAGAAGCCGGUACUUCUCAUCCUAUACUAGUGGUGACUUUGGCCAUGUGAGGAUGGGAAAUGAUGGUUCGUCUAAGAUCAUCGGUAUGGGUGAUGUUUGUUUAGAGACUUCCACUGGUUGUAGGUUGGUGCUCAGGGAUGUGAGGCACGUCCCAGAUAUCAGAUUGAGUUUGAUUUCAGCUGGUCUGCUUGAUGAUGAAGGUUAUGCCAACAAAUUUUGUGAUGGAAGAUGGAAACUCUCUAGGGGCAGUUUGAUUAUGGCUCGAGGUAAGAAGCAGAAUUCACUUUAUGUUAUGCAGGCCAGA